AUGAAGAACACGAUCCAAUAUGUGUCGCGGGCUUCAACGCGUUCGUUGGUGUUGCUGUCUUUACUGGUGCUUGCUGUGGAGGAAGCUCGUGCGCUAAACCUAGUGGCGCAUAUUUCUCAGCGGGGUUUGCAUGGAGAGAUUUCCUUCUCGCAGCACAACGACCGGCAGGUGCUGAUCGCAUCGGAGCUGGAGACGACGCUGCAAUAUCCGGAACAAGCGUGGAGCUGGGGAAUCUAUCAACUUCCGGUGGACUACACAAUCGUCGAUCCGCAAGAGCGUUGCCAAAUCUCGCGGCUAGGCGAACAACUGUGGUCAUUCGACGAUGAUUUGGGCUAUCUGAUGCUGCCGGGCAAUGAAUCGACGACCUGGCUAAACGACAUCUCGCUGACCGGCGAGAAGGGGCUUUGGGGGAAAUCACUUGUGCUGUUCGAUCCGGACGUAAACGUACGCAUCUGCGCCACGAUAGUGACGCGCGAUGGUUCGCAGGAUCAUUUGGCGGAGGCACGCUUUUCCACCCCCAUUACGGGAUCGAUCUAUUUCCGGUGGCUGGCAGCGAAGGAAUCGAACCACUCCGAUACGUUAAUUUACUCGAACCUGUUCCACACGCGUGAUCAGUCGCGAAAGAUGGGCAAUCCGGCGUACACCGAGCACAUGUGGAAGAUAUACGUGACGGACAUCUUCGAAAGUGAGGCCCAGAAUGCGGAGGAAAAUUGCAACAAGCUGCAGCUGGUGUUCGAUCCACAGAACCGGGGCACGGGCAAUGCCAUCGGAGACAUCGAUGGACGGGUAGGUGCGCUACGCAUUACGACGAAUGCCCGACAGAACCAGUACCCGCAGCUAUUCCACGAUCAUCAGCUCGUGCUGCUGCCCAGCGAUCUUUACGGGCCCUCGCGCAAGCUGUACGUGGUCGUGUUCGACCCUAACCAUCCGGAUACGUUCCUAGCCUGUGCGAAGAUUCGCCAUCAGAAACCAAGAACGGCGCGCGUACUCGUCGAUGGAGGUGGAAUGCGAGGUGAUAUGCGAUUCACGCAGCGUUCGCGGUUCGAACCGACGUGGAUUCAGGCAAACUUUGGGGCCACCGGUAACGAGUCGGAUGCCAACGUUGACUACGCCAAAGAUGUGUCCAGCUUCCGCAUCAAUCAGCUCCCACUGGAGGCAUAUGCUGGUCCGGAGGAACGGUACUGUUUGACGGGUGGUGGCACCUUCAACCCGACGGGCAUUGUAGCGAAAGACAUACCGCCACCUGGUUACGGUACGCAGGAUCAGUAUCCGGUGGGUGAUUUGAGUGGGAAGUUACAGAACAGAAACAAAAAGGAGUCCCAUUCGUAUUAUUUGCCUGGCUCGAGUGCCGAACUGGCCGGAUCGUACUGGGACACGUUUCUGCCGCUGCAGGGAUCGAACGCGAUCGUAUUCCGCAGCUUCUCGGUGCAGCGCUACAACCGUACACAGCCGACCAACAUCACCGAGGCACCGUGGGCCUGCGGUACCGUCGCACUCUACGAAUUCAACCGUCCUUAUCAGGUGCCCAUCCUGACGGCACAGGUGCUGUUCCGCUAUCCGAUCGUAGGCCGCAUAUUGUUCCGACAGGUGAAGGAAGAGCACUGGACCGAAACGGCCGUCAUCUUCGAGUAUUUGAUCCAUGCGGAUGGGUCGACGCUUAACAAAACGGCCGAUCACCGGUGGGCUAUCACGGAUGAUGCACCGGGCAAGGACUUUUACGAUUGGCAGAACCGGUGCGUUAGUGCUGGCGGGGUGUACAAUCCCUUUAAAGCUGCUCCCUUGAUGGGUAAAGCUUGGGAGGAUGUGUGCACCGGCAGUUCGGUAGAGUUAUGUCGCGUGGGCGAUCUUUCGAACAGAUUGGGCGGUUUGGCAAUUGCGGGACAUAAGCGUGAAGCGGCAAUGAUUAGCCGUAAAAUGUAUAUCGAUCUGAACCUUCCCUUGGGUGGCCAUGCAAGCAUUAUUGGGCGAUCGUUAGUGAUCUUCGACGAUAAUGGGCCGAAGGCGCGCGGUGAACGGUUAGCCUGUUCAGUUAUUGGAGGAUAUCACCGACGAAAGGUUGUUGCAAGAGAUUGGUACUCGAACGGUGAUCCGCUGACAAUCAAGGGCAAGCUAGAGAUGGUGCAGCAAUCGGAGUACGAUCUUACGAACGCAGAGGUGGACUUCAAGGGUCUGGACAAAACCAGUGGCUAUCAUGUCCAUAUUGCACCUGUGGAGGGCGAUCUAGAGUUCCCGUGUGAAGAUUCCACCGUGUACGGCCAUUGGAACCCGCGGGAUGUCGAUCCCAAACGAUCACCUCCACCCACGUUGGGCAGUACCGAUGAGUAUGAAGUGGGCGAUCUGAGUGGCAAGUUUGGUACGCUUGAUGGGGCAACGAUGUACGAGCAGACGUACAACGAUACACGGUUACCGUUGUUCGGGUACGAGAGCAUCAUUGGUCGUUCGAUCGUGGUGCACAAAAAGGAGAAGAAUCUCCGAUGGGCCUGCAGUACCCUGGAGCGUGGAUAUAGCCCAAAUGAGGCCCGUGAAAUAAGAGCCAUCGCAUCGUUCCACCACCCGACGGGCUACGCUUACGGUUACAUUCGUCUAACGCAGCUGAUCGGUAACGACAACAGUCAGAGCGACACAAUCAUCGAGGUGAAGCUGCGAUACCCCGGGAAGCAUGAUCGCAAUGUGACACAUAAUCACAACUGGAACAUUUGGGUGAACCCAGUCGGGGUCGAUGCGACCGUCAAGCAGGUGGAAACGCGCUGUGUUGCUGCAGGGUACGUGUGGAAUCCUUACUACACACAACUUGCCGAUCCAUUAAACCAAGAGCUGUACAAGCAAGAGUGUGGACCGGACAAUCCACUACGCUGCUACGUGGGUGAUGUAUCGGCACGCCUCGGACCCAUCUCAAUCGGAAGCCGCCGACAGGUAUUUAGUGACAGCAAUUUCCCCCUGGAAGGUACCGUCAGUGCGCUCGGACGCUCGAUCGUAAUAUUUGGUGCGGAUUUUUCGGGCUUUCGGUUCGCCUGUGCCAAUAUUGAACCUGAUCACGACAUUGUGAAGUACAUUAAUCUGAAGAAACCGCCCCGGUUUGUGGUGGCACAGUUUCUCGAGGAUGUGCGCCACGUGAUGGGGCUGCCCGAAUGGAUGCUCGCGAUCGAUUCGCGCAGCACGAAAGCGCUGCACAACGAUGCCUGCAUUCAGAUGAUCGUGCACUUUAAAGGGCCGAGCGCACACAAAAUCGAGCAAGAUUUCUCGCGGCUGCUCGCAGUCGGGCGGCUCGAUGCGCCGAGCAUCUACAUCCCGGGGUACGACAACAGCAAGCGCAAGCGGACGCUGUCCUACCGGACGUGUGGGGUGCGCGAUCCGAACGAAAAGAGUGCGAAGGUGUUUUUUGGCAGUAGCGGAACGAUGCGCAAUUUACCAAUACCGGUAGUUAUAACGAUGUUGUUACCAUUAAUGAGAUUAUUUCAACCAUGUUUGCUUUAG